CCUACAGCAUUGAAUAUAAGGCCAUUAACAGCAGCAUUCACUGGUUAUCCUUUUCAAGGACAAGGACGUGUGAAUCAAUUGGGUGGUGUAUUCAUCAAUGGCCGACCAUUACCGAAUCAUAUUCGUUAUAAAAUUGUUGAAAUGGCAGCCGCCGGUAUUAGACCAUGUGUGAUUAGUCGUCAAUUACGUGUAUCACAUGGUUGUGUAUCGAAAAUAUUGAAUCGUUACCAGGAAACCGGUAGUAUUCGUCCAGGUGUGAUUGGCGGUAGUAAACCACGUGUAGCAACGCCAGAAGUGGAGAAAAAAAUUGAAGAAUAUAAACAAGAAAAUCCAGGAAUUUUUAGCUACGAAAUACGUGAACGACUAAUUAAAGAAGGUAUUUGCGAUAAAAAUACGGCACCAAGUGUUAGUUCAAUAAGUCGUGUAUUACGUGGUACAUCCAAUGGAUCACCACAUGAUUUUCAUCAUCAUCAUCAUCAUCAUAAUCAUCGAUUUUAUACAAAUGAUUCAUCAUCAAUAGAUUCAAUAUCUGUAUCUGUAUCUACUGGUGUUGGUGGUGGUGGUAAAGAUCAUAGUAUCGAUGGUAUUCUUGGUGGUUCAAUCCGUAGCGAUGAUGAAUCAGAAUGUGAAUCAGAACCAGGCAUACCAUUGAAACGUAAACAACGUCGUUCACGUACAACAUUUACCGCUGAACAAUUGGAUGAAUUGGAACGUAGUUUUGAACGUACCCAAUAUCCGGAUGUAUAUACAAGAGAAGAAUUAGCACAACGUACAAAAUUGACUGAAGCUCGUGUACAGGUCUGGUUUAGUAAUCGUCGUGCACGUUGGCGUAAACAGGUUAAUAGUCAAGUUGCAGCAGCAGCAGCUGCUGCUGCUGCUGCAGUACAAUUUACUGGUAAUAAUAGUAGUGGUGGUGGUCAUCAACAUCCAUAUCAUCAUCAUCAUCAUCAUCAUCAUCAAGCCUCUAUAUCACCAACAUCAUCAAUGUUGAGUACACCACCACCACCACCACCACCACCAGCAGCACCUCCAUUGCCAACAACAAUACCAUCGGCAGGUACAUCAUCAUCAUCAUCAACAUCAUCAUCAGUACCGUCUUCCGUAUCGAAUGUUUUAUCCGCUGCUGCUGCUGCUGCUGCCGCCGCUGCCGCUGGAUCAAUUACAACAUAUAGUCAACCUUAUUAUAUUGAUAGUUCAGAAUUUGCUUCAACAACAAAUAAUGUUUUAUCGGAUAGUGUUAAACAUGAAAUUUCAGAAUGGCAAUCUGCUAAAUCAUCUAUAUCAUUGAUCAACAAUUCUUCGACAACAACAGCAACAACUACGGCUGCUGUUGUAACUUCAUCGUCAACCACUUCCUCUACAUUAUCCAAUCAAUCUGUACAUGAUGGCCAAUUAUCGAAAAACAAUGAUUAUAAUGGAGAUUCAAAAUCAUCAUCAUUAGCCACAGAUUUUCUAUCAACAAUUCAUCCAAUAAAUUCAUCUACAAUUCAUAAUCAUCAUAAUCAUCAUCAUCAGAAUAGCUAUCAUACACAUCCACAUCAUCAUACAAAUUCACAUCAUCAUCAUCAUUCAUUUUUAAAUCAAUUUGCUGAAUGUCAAAAAAUAUUCAAUCCAACAUCACCAAUAUCGAAUACAAUAAAUGAAUUACAUCAACAGGUAAAUCAUCAUAAUCAUAAUCACCACCACCAACAACAACAACAACAACAGCAGCAGCAGCAGCAGCAGCAACAACAACAAUCAACAACAACAACAAUACUCAAAUCAUUCACAACAUCAAAUGGGUGUGAUGAAUAAUUGUUUAAUAAAUGAUGGAACAACUACUACAUAUCCAUCAACUACUCAUCCACAUCAUCAAACAUGGCCAUCACAAUUACAUGCUGCUGCUGCAUUAACUAAUCACCAUCAUCAUCAUCAUCAUAGAAAUCUAGUUGCAGUAGCCGAUGGUAAUUCUGGAUGGCCAACUGGUCCUGGUCCUGUUACUCAUCAUCAUCAUUCAACAACAACAUCAGUUCCAUUUGUUCAUCCAGGUCAUCAUCAUCAUAGUGGAUCACCAAUUAAUUCAGCUACAACAUACUCAACAAAUUCCUAUUUUUUAUAGAUAUAUUGUAAAUAAUGAUGAAUUAUUAAUU